AUGUUCCGCUUUAUACUCUUUGGCCGCCAGUCACCUACAGUGGCCGAACUCCAACAUGCACUUGCUGUUCCUGAUGGUCCGUUUGCCGAUGUCACCGAGAACUCCUUUCAGGACCGCAUGAUCAUGGGAAUCGAAAAACGAGUGAUACAUUGCGGCCGUAACUUCCUAGAAAUCCAGGGACGUGAUGCCAGGGUUCAAGUCAUGCACCAAACCGCCCGAGCACAUAUGCAAGAGGUAGAAGGCUUUCCUGGUUUCGAAGAUGUCUCCGCACUUGUUCCCGCGCUUUUCGGUUGCUCCUCGACUAAGGCGCCAACAUCGAAGCCACCGAAUUUAAGCAUACGGCACUACAUUGGGCUGCUCAUGAGGGGCAUGCCGCCACGGUACAGUUACUGCUCGACCGGAGAGCCGAUAUCGAGGCCAGAAGCCCUUUCAACGAGACCGCGCUACAUUGGGCUGCCAAGGGUAGUCACGCUGAAACGGUCCAGGUGCUCCUCGAUCGAGGAGCAAAUCCCGGAGCGGUGGACCUAG